ACAAAGCUGUAAUCUUGAUUCAUCAGACUUCUAGUUUUUACAGAGUAAAAUAAUUUCUUCUCUGUAGAAGCUGGGCAUUCUGUUAAUGGAGCAGGCAAAGAUGCUCAAACCUUCUGCAACUCAUCCUUCUUACCGUCAGAUGAUAACAGAGGCAAUUUGUGGGCUGAAGGAGAGCAAUGGGUCUAGCCAGAAGGCUAUUAGCAGGUUCAUUCACAUGAAAUAUGGGGCUCAUUUACAGACAAAUUUCAAGCAAAUUCUCUUAAAACAUCUUAAGAAAUUGAGUGAAGCAGGGGAACUGACCAGAAUCAAGAACUCCUUUAAGUUUAAUCGCAAGCCUUAUAACAAAUCUCAGCGCAUCAAUGUCGCUAAAACUAGUGAGGCUGCCAAAAACAAGUCACCCAAGAAGACUGCUGCUGCUAAAAAUAAUGCCCACAAGCAUUAAAUCCUCACUAUGGCGCUCAUUAUAAUUAGGGUUAUGAUAUUUUGAUGCUUGUAAAUCUCCAGUAAGAUUAUGUAGCGUGGGUGAAUUUUGAUGUGAUAAUCUUAGUGAAACACAAGUUUUAAUGGCCCUGCAAAUCAUUCUGGGGCAAUUUUGGUGAGACCCAGUUUGCCAAAAUGAGGAUUUAGUGUCUGUAAAUGUUCUUUCUGGUAGCAGAAACUUUAUAUUCUGGGAAUUGUAAAAUUUUCUGAAUUAAGUAGUAAUAUAUUUGCUGUUCAUUUGCAC